GCUGGUGGGGGAGAAGACAGGGACAGAGACGUGGGGUUGAGGGGAGACUCGUUCAGAAUGAGAAGUAGCUGGAAGAGAAACGUAUCGGGAGGGAGAGUUGGGAGGGAUACAGAGAGAAGUAGAAGGAGCUAGCGAGGGAACGCUGAGCAAGGACAGGCGCAAACCGGGCUCAUAUCCUGGGAGAGACCGACAGGGGCAACAGGGCAAACAUGUCCGGGAACGGGAUGCAGCAUCGAGCUCUGAAAUAUGAGCAAACGCUGAUGUAUGGCAGGUAUACACAGGACCUUGGAGUUUUUGCCAAAGAGGAGGCAGCACGUAUUCGACAAGAGAGAGAAGUCCACAGACCUGCCACAAAACCGCAAACUGUAGAACUGCGAGAGUAUGAUGAGAGUCGCUGUGCCAAGUGCAAAAUCUGCUGUGUGCACUCCCAAAGACUUGUGCUCUCCCGAGUUGGGGAGGAUUGGAUUUUCCUAAUUCUCCUGGGUUUGCUGAUGGCUCUGGUGAGCUGGGCCAUGGAUUUCACAAUUGCCAUAUGCCUACAAGCUCACAAGUGGAUGUAUGGUGGCUUGGACAAUAAUGUUUUUCUGCAGUAUCUAGCAUGGGUCACAUAUCCUGUAGUCUUAAUUACUUUCUCUGCUGGAUUCACACAGAUCCUCGCCCCCCAAGCAGUUGGUUCAGGUAUACCAGAGAUGAAGACUAUUCUGCGUGGCGUUGUGCUAAAGGAGUAUCUCACACUGAAAACCUUCAUUGCAAAAGUUAUUGGGUUAACAUGUGCACUUGGGAGUGGUUUGCCGCUGGGCAAAGAAGGCCCAUUUGUUCAUGUUGCAAGUAUGUGUGCUGCUCUGCUAAGUAAAUUGAUGUCUCUUUUUGGAGGAAUUUAUGAGAAUGAGUCGCGUAAUAUUGAGAUGCUUGCUGCAGCCUGUGCUGUGGGUGUUGGGUGCUGCUUCGCUGCUCCUAUUGGAGGAGUGCUGUUUAGUAUUGAAGUCACCUCCACAUUCUUUGCUGUCAGAAAUUACUGGCGUGGGUUCUUUGCUGCCACCUUCAGUGCAUUUAUUUUUCGUGUUCUUGCAGUGUGGAUCAAAGAUGAAGAAACCAUCACAGCAUUAUUCAAAACCAGUUUUCGUCUCGACUUUCCAUUUGAUCUUCAGGAGCUCCCAGCAUUUGCUGUGAUCGGGAUUGCCAGUGGUUUUGGGGGUGCUCUUUUUGUAUAUCUUAAUCGGAAAAUUGUAGAGUUUAUGCGAAAACAGAAAACAAUUAACAGAUUUCUGAUGAAAAAACGCUUGCUGUUUCCUGCAUUGGUUACACUGCUUGUGGCCACUCUGACAUUCCCACCAGGCUUUGGCCAGUUCAUGGCUGGGCAGCUAACACAGAAGGAGACACUUGUGACCUUAUUUGAUAACUACACAUGGGCACAGCAAGGCAUCUCAGAGGACUUUGCUUACAGGGGAAUCUCAAGUGUCUGGAAACAUCCAAAAGCUAAUGUCUUUGUCACAUUGGUUGUCUUCAUACUAAUGAAGUUUUGGAUGUCAGCUUUGGCCACCACCAUCCCAGUGCCAUGUGGAGCAUUCAUGCCAGUCUUUGUUAUUGGUGCUGCCUUUGGAAGGUUAGUGGGUGAGAGCAUGGCUGCAUGGUUCCCCGAUGGCAUUCAUACAGAUGGGAGUACUUACAGAAUAGUGCCAGGGGGAUAUGCAGUAGUGGGUGCAGCUGCCCUUUCUGGAGCUGUCACACACACCGUCUCCACAGCAGUCAUUGUGUUCGAACUCACCGGCCAAAUCUCUCACAUUCUGCCAGUGAUGAUUGCAGUCAUAUUGGCUAAUGCAGUGGCUCAGAGUCUUCAGCCAUCACUUUAUGACAGUAUUAUCCGUAUUAAAAAGUUGCCAUACCUUCCAGAGCUGGGAUGGGGACAUCAGGAGAAGUAUAAUGUAAGGGUGGAGGACAUCAUGCUGAGGAAUAUCCCUUUUGUGACUCUGAACUCUAAAUAUCGUGACCUUCAGGAGCUGCUUACAAACUGCCACUUGAAAUGCCUAGCACUGGUGGAGACAGCAGAGUCUAUGAUCCUGCUGGGCUCCAUUGACCGCUCACAGUUACUGUCACUCCUGCGGUUUCAGCUCAGCUCAAAAAGGCGCCUGCAGCAACUUCGUGAGCGAGAAUCUAGUGGAAAGAAACAAACUGAGAACAGCGUGCGAUUUCAGAUAACAACAGAAGAAUCCACAUUCUCACCACCACAAGGAGAGACUAGGAAGCCUUUAAAACCAGCCCUGAAACAUACACUCAGUAGCCUGACUGAGUCUCCAGCAGAUGAUUCUGAUAACUCAGUAACUGCAUUGAAAAGUAUCUUCUGUGCCAAAGACUUCAGUGAACCCCUGGAGGUUGUCAAGGAUCCUGCGUCUCCUUCAAAAAAAAACAAAUCCAGGUUGAAGCAUCGGCAUAGGCUGGGUGAAGAUCUGGAUGAGAUAGAUACUAUGACUCAGUCACAGAUCUUGGAAUGGGAAGAGAUCCAACUUGAAGAACCAAUCAACUUAAACAACUGCAAAAUAGAUCCUGCACCAUUCCAGCUCGUGGAAAGGACAUCACUGCAUAAAGCACACACAGUUUUUUCCCUGCUUGGAAUGGACCAUGCGUAUGUAACCAGUAUAGGGCGGCUUAUUGGAAUGGUGACACUAAGAGAGCUCCGGAAAGCCAUAGAGGGCUCAGUAACAGUGAAAGGUGCAAAAUUACGUCCACCUUUGGCCAGCUUUAGGGAUAGUGUUACAAGUAGCAGUGACACAGAGACCACCAACGUCAACAAACUAUGGGAGAGAAGUCGCCGACACCUACUUCCCCGUGAAUCCAGCCCAUCCGACAGCGAUGAUAAAUGACAAGGGAGCUACUUAUCUGGAGUGCACAUACACUUCUUCCAUUUUCUUCCAGAGGGAAGCACUUUUCAAUGCUCUCUUUAUCACUGUGGGGCUAUUCUUGGCUGAACAUUUUAGUCAGUGUCUUCCAGCACCAUUCCAGCUAAAAAACCUGGUGGUUUGGGCAUUUGAACAUACUAUAUUGAUGUUUAGUUUGCAACUCAAUGUAAUGAUCUGACAGUUUGCAAUGUUCAGAGCACCUGAUCAAUGAAACUGGGGCACAUGUCCAGGAGCAGUACAGUAGCACAGUCAUCUCUUUCACUCCAUUUCCUGCACAGAGAGUGAAGGGUAACACUGCCAUUCAUUUUAUAUUGUUUAAUUAAAAUAUUAUGUCAAGAAUUGAGCCUGCAAACCCCCCACUGACAUGGGAAACCAUUGUUCAGUAAAGUACACAAAGACAAAAGCUUGGGAGAAUCAGUUAUUUCCCAGCUCACAUGGUUGGUAUUGAGGACUCUUCACCUAUACUGGCAUUAUGAACCAAUGAGCACAAUGUAGAAACAAUGGCAGUUACUCUACUUAUUACCUCCCAAGAGUAAUGGGACCUAAGACAUUCAGCAAUUCCCAGAACUGUAUUUACUAUUUAUUACCUUGCAUUCACAUGAGAACAAAAUUCACUUGACAUCUCUUACUGAUGUACAGAGGGACCUAUUACCUCCCACGGAUAUGGAGGAACUGCCUACCUCUGGGGAACUGAAUUAUUGCACCUUCUAAGAAUUGCCAAUUACAGGGGUGUGCCAGUAGCAAGAGAACACAAUAGAGCUGCCAUUGCAAAGUGGCACUGUUCCACCGAGCAUUUCUUUAUAAGUGUUACAGAGGAGAAAAAGACCUGUCACAUGCAGGUGUGGCAUUCUUAAUAAAAACAUACCUUACUUAUCACUGAUAUGAUGCAAUGCAUUUGACUAUUUUUGUAACAUUUCUGUAUAUCAUUUUUAACAAUAAAACUGGAAUAAAUGCAGUUAUAUCAAGA